AUGGCUAAGAACAAGACACACCGAUUCAAGGUCGAUGAACCAAAAAAGCGCAAGAGGGACGGCAAUGACAGCGAAAUAACGGCCAAGAGGGCUCGGCCUCAGGAUGCAAACGGAGUGCUCGCCGAGCCGACCUCGACCAAGGAUCUGGCCAAGAGGCUUGAUCGUUCAGAUACCGCUUGGAAGAUCUCCAAGCCCAUGGGAGGGCGAAUGUUGGAUAUCGAUCCUAUUCUGACCGACAACGGAGAAUACUUAAUUCUGGCUUACAACACAUCAAUCCAAGUCUUUUCUGCCGUCGACUCUCUGCUGGUGAGACGCAUACCAGUCAGCACCAUCGAUGCCUCCGCGAAACAAGGCUCGACCCCCUCUCCGAUCGUCGCUACUCGCCUGUCGACACAAGACGCCAGCUUGGUCUGGGUUGCUUGCGCAAACGGCCGGGUGUACCGCAUCAACUGGACACAGGAAUCCAAGACCUUAGAAAGCUUCCAGACUGCGUCUAAGACCGCGCACGCCAUGUCUAUUGUGCCUCUGGCCGGCAAGGGUCGCUCCAAAGAGAUCGUCAUUGUCGCCGAAUCGGACAAGCCGACGCACAUCGAGCUGGUGGCCUACGAAUCGGACCUCUCGUCCAAGCCCAAGCCCAAACCUCUCGUGUCACUCAAGCGCCCGGGAACGGCGCUGCGACUCCUUGAAUCCACCAAGGAUGGUCGCUUCCUCGUGGGCGCCAUCAACGACCUCUUGUUUCUGGGCGUCUCCAAGCAGUCGCCCACCAAGGCGGAUGAGCUGCAGUACGAGUUCUACGCCUUCGACACGCCGGAUCUCAUCACCACACUGGACCUGCGCGCGUACAAGCGCACAUCUAAGCACGCCCGCGGCGACACCGAAAAGGUGGUGGACGUCCUCGUUGGUGGCGCCCGAGGCGGCAUCUACCUCUACCACGACGUCAUCGCCCGGUGCCAGGCGACCGAGUCUGGCAAGCCCAAUGAAAACACAAUACAUGCUCAGAAGUACCACUGGCACCGCAAGGCUGUACAUUCGGUGAAGUGGUCCAAAGAUGGCAACUACAUGAUUUCUGGUGGAUCAGAGAACACGCUGGUGCUGUGGCAGAUGGACACGUCCAAAAAGGACUUUCUCCCACAUCUCUCCGGAAGUGUAGAGAACAUUGUGGUGUCUUCGGACGGGGCUUCUUAUGUCGUUCAUCUUGAUGACAACUCCACAAUGAUCCUUUCUACCUCUGAAUUGAAACCUUCCGCAUACGUAUCGGGAGUCCAGUCCGCCGCCGCCAAUGUCCAGACCCCCAAGGACCAGCUCGUGAAGCGUGUGUGGGAGGUCCAAGAACACGUCCGUCAGCGCAUUCCUGCCGCGAUCCGCUCUAACGCAUCAUCUCGUCUCCAUGUCUGUGUUGGCGCUGGGAGACAGUCCACCAUGUCUGGCCGCUUUUCCGCGCCCCUGCUUCAAGCAUUUGAUCUCGAGACCUUCACCAGCGUUUCCAAACAAGCGCUGGCCCGAACGAAUCCCACACAUAUCAAUAUGACGACAACCGGUCACGCCAUUGACGAGCCUCUCGUUACUCAUGUCGAAUUUUCCGGCGACGGCAAGUGGCUCGCCAGUAUUGAUGACUGGCAGCCUGCCGCUAGGGAUAUCGACAACGUCAGCGCUGAGCUAAGAGACCAGUUCAUCCGAGAGCGUCGUGAAAUCUACCUGAAGUUUUGGGAGGUGCAAGAGGGUGACGAGCCUGUCGCGUUAGUUUCACGAAUUAACGGACCCCACGCGACGUCAUCCUCCGAGCCUGUGCUUGAUCUCGCCGCAGAUCCCUCAUCGACAUGCUUUGCCACGAUUGGAGGCGAUGGCAUUGUGCGACUGUGGCGCCCAAGAACGAGACAAGCUAACGGCAUUGUAUCAAAGGGCGCCAACGGAAAGGACGCCGUCUCUUGGGGCUGUGCACAGAUCAUCCCAGUCGGCGAAGGGUAUGGAGUAGGAGAUUUGACGGACGUGGCUUCGUCGUCUACGCCUCAGGGCAAGAUCUCGUUUUCCGAAGAUGGGUCUACAAUAUUUGCCGCCUUUGGCUUCUCCGAGCUCGGCUCCGUCUACGUGAUUGAUGCAGCUUCUGGCAAGGUGGUGCGCAUCCUCGAAGGUCUCUGGGAGGGCAACCUGCAUGCGGUCCGCGCACUCUCGCAGUUUGUUGUGGUUCUAUCAGACUCGCUCUAUGUCUACGACAUUGUAAGUGACGAGCUCCGAUAUGGCAUUGAAGUACCUCAGCUCCCCGGCAUGGAAGACUUGCAGCAGCUUGCGGUCGACCACGCUUCGGGCCACUUUGCCGUUACGCUGCCCAUUGGCGACAUCUCUAGCAUUGGCAUCUUCAGCCCCGAGGAUCCCGAACCGUUGCUGGUGCGGAGCACCCCUCACCGCAUCGUCAGCCUGACGACGGCCCCGGGCACGAGCGGAUUCCUCGCCCUCGACGACGCCGCACAAAUAUGGACGGUGACGGAGGGCUCGGAUCCGUCAUCAAUAGUCACGGCGCAGCCGCUCCAGGACAUUCACCUAGACGGCAAAGUGGACGAUGGCGCUGCGAACGGUGAGGCUCCAGCGAUCGCCGACGAUGACGUGGUGAUGGCUAGCGAUGAUGAGGAAGAGACAACCGCAGCGAACGGUGUCGCCGACGACGACAUGGAUAUUGACCUGGACGAUGUGCCCACCAGCGUCAUCUCACAGCAAAGCCUGGCCGAUAUAUUCAACGCCGCGCCGGCAUUUGCGGGGUCGUCGGUGGAGGACAUGUUUUACAAGGUUACCGGACUCUUGGGAAGCAAGCCGCUGACUUCUUGA